AUGAGCACAAAAACAAUGAUUGGUAUAGCAACGGCAAGUUGUGCUUGCAUCAUUGUCACAUCUUUAAUCGCCGUUUGUGUAAUAUUCAAUGAAAUAAAUAACUUACACGACGAUGUUAUGGAUGAGAUGGGCGUCUUCCGAACUGUUGCAGACGAUACUUGGGAAAGAAUAGUAAUGCUACAUUUUGGCACAGGUGGUGGUCGGCAAGAGACGUUCACCUCCUUGAUCAACCGAUACAAACGACAGUUCAUCCCACCACCACAUUGUCAAUGUCAGGCACCAGAAUUGUGCCCACCAGGUCCACCAGGACCACCAGGUGAUAAAGGUCUGCCAGGUCUUGAUGGACCGGUCGGCCAAGAUGGCAGAGAUGGUGCUAGUGGUGUGUCACUACUAGCGACAUAUCAUUUUCCUGGUGGCUGCAUAGAAUGUCCUCCGGGACAACCGGGGCCACCUGGACCUGAUGGUCUAGAAGGAGAUUAUGGAGAGACAGGACGUCGUGGAUCACUUGGAACACCGGGCAAGAGUGGGCAACGUGGACCACCUGGACCACCUGGGGAAAUGGGGGAAGCAGGACCAGAUGGAACACCUGGAAUGCCAGGAGCACCAGGUAAAGAUGGAAAACGAGGCAUUGGACCACAAGGACCGAAAGGACCAACUGGACCAAGUGGACCACCAGGUCCACCAGGACUCGAUGGAGAAAGGGGUGCUGAUGGUGAACCAGGAGAACAGGGUGAGGAAGGACGACCAGGAAAUGACGGUAGGAAAGGAAAUGAUGGACGUCCUGGAGAGCGUGGUAGCCCAGGAUUACCAGGACCAGAUGCUCAUUAUUGCCCAUGUCCACCACGAAGUUCAGGAUAUCUGAUGAAGAUAUACUGA